UUUCUUUUUAUAUAUCUCAAUUGUCCAUAGAUGGAAUUUAGCACUCCUCACAUAUGCCUACAGCCAUCAGCCUUGAUGAAAAAAGUAACACCAAACAAUUAGUACCCAGAAAAAUAUGUCCUUUGCUCUCCUCUGCUUCCUUCUCCGCCUCCUAACCACCGCCCUCUCUGCCACUCCUUACCGUCCCACGGAUCAAAUCCUCUUUAGUUGUGGCUCACAGUCCAGUGGAACAGAUGACAACCAACGUAGUUGGGACAGUGAUGCUCGUUUCAAGUAUGCACCAUCAAAUAUCGCCACCAAGUCCUUAGCCUCUGAACCAACAGAACAAGGCUUUUCUGUCCCGAAUUUCGCCCCUUACACGACAGCUCGUAUUUUUCAAUCCCAGUUCACUUACACUUUUCCAGUCCUGGCCGGACCCAAAUUUCUUCGCCUCUACUUUUACGCUGCCACCUAUUCCAACCUUGAUAAAAACGUAUCCUUCAACAAAAAUGAAUCAUUUUUUACAGUUACUGCCAAUGAAUUCACACUUUUGAGCAAUUUCAGUGCGUAUCUCACAUCCACACCCUCUGAACCCUCCUUUAAGAAAGAAUUCAUCAUUAAUGUGGAGGAUAAUCAUAGCCUUAACAUAACCUUUUCACCUUCUCCAAAAUCUUACGCGUUUAUCAAUGGGAUUGAAAUAGUUUCAAUGCCAGACAACCUUUACUUCCGUGACCUCCCCAUCAAAUUCGUGAAUCAACUGUAUUAUCUGAAAAAUACAACGGCGUUGGAGACUCGUUACAGGUUCAAUGUAGGAGGAGGUUAUGUCGGAAUAAAAGCAGACACAGGGAUGUUUCGUGAAUGGUUUCAAGAUGAUAACUAUAUUCCUGGUGGAGAAUUUGGUUACACACCUCACGCAGAAAAUCUUCCAAUCCAUUACACUGAACAUUCCCCAGCUUAUACUGCGCCGGAAAUAGUUUACACUACCUCAAGGGUAAUAGCCAACGGAAGCAAAAGUUUGGAAUGGAGUUUUCCUAUUGAUUCCGGGUUUCACUACCUCCUCAGAUUCCAUUUCUGUGAGAUUCAGAUGGAAGUUACCAAUCAAAACGAAAGGGUUUUCACAAUUUCAAUCAACAAUCAGACAGCAGAAAUUGAAGCCGAUGUUAUUUUCUGGACUGGAGGCACUGAAAUUCCUUAUUUCAAAGACUACGUCACAUGGGUUAGUGAUGACGGCCGCCGUGGAGAGAAAGACCUGAGGCUUUCUUUGUUCCCAAACCUUAUUUCCCGGCCUAAGUACUCCAAUGCCCUCUUAAAUGGCUUGGAAAUCUUCAAGCUCAGUGAUUCUAAACGUAGUCUAGCGGCAGCAAACCCUGAUCACAAACUAAAUUCUUCGCCAUUAGGACCAGAUAAUAGCUCACAGAAGAAGAAAAAUAAAGACACGUCUGUACUUUAUCCAGUUAUUGGGAGUGUGACCGGAUUUCUUCUUCUGUUGUUAUUUGUCAGCUUCUUGAUUUUCCAUGGCCGGCGGAGAGAGGAAGACUUUGGCCUAAGUGUGGUGAAGUCGUCAUGGGUCCCACUUUCAAUCACGUCGAAGUCAACCACGAAGACCAGCGGUUCAGGUUCAUCGCUGCCGUCUGAUCUGUGCCGACAGUCUUUGUUGGAGGAGAUUAAAUUGGCAAUGCAGCGGCAGGAGGUGGCAGAGAAUAGAGGCCGUGACGGGGUAGUGGUGGAUGGUAGAGACUCCCCAAUGUCCCCGUCAUAUCCAUUACUUCGGCACGAGGAGCCAACCAACACAGAAAACGACAAAUUAUUCUCUGGUUCGGGCGAAGUUGUGGUCGAAUCAAAGAGCACUAAUACAUCAACUGCUAGCAACGACCUAUCUAAGAGCAGUAUCACAUCUACUGCUGCUAUCAGUGACAGAUUAAAGACCGAGACUAUUUUCUCUGAAAUUAAUAAUUCAGCAGGGCGCUAGGUUUCCUUUUCCUUCUUUCUUUUCAUAAUAUCUUUGUCUAAUUUUGUCAUUUUUGGUCCAUGGAUUAAUGGUCACAGUAAUGAGAAUCCAUUGACAAUUGAUAUUAUCAAGUUUCAAUAUUGAAGUGAGAGCCAUAUACUAUGAAGUUAUCGCCAGUGGUUAGUUGUGGAAUUUAAUACUCCAUAUAUAAAUAUUUUUCAUUUUCCGACA